CGUCCACCGGGGAUGACGUGCACGCAAUCGCAUCGCCCCACGCCACGCCUACCCGCCUCGCCGGAGACCCCGUCUCUCGCUGCCGCCGCCGUCCCUGUGUCUCUCGCCCCACUGUCUACUACUACUACAAGCGUGCCGCCCUGCCCUGCCCUGCCCUGCCCCCCGCGGCUCUAGCUUCUUCCUCCCGCCUGCCCCCGCCCCAGUAAGGCGGCCAAUGCUUGACCAGUGACUCCCCCCUGCCCUGCGCCAGCCGAUCUCCGACUCCGUCCGUCCCGCGACGAGCAGCGGCCGCGGCUGCCGGUGAAGGCGAAGGCGAAGGCCGGCGUCUGCUGUGCUGCCGGCCUCUUCCGCCGCACCAUCGCUCGCUGUUGAAAAGCUACUAGCUUUGCUAGCUACUGGUGCGGCAAUGGAGGUGGUUUCUUCCUGCCACUCCGGCUUGGCAUUUCACCGAACACCUAGCAGUUCUUGGAGGUCUCGGGGGAAUGGUCUCGUCCUGGGGCAUGCAAGGCCCACUCGGCCAAGAAGGAGCGCAAUUCUCUGUAUGGGGUCAGGGACAGCCUCGGAUCCUGCUGGUUCUGGGAAAGCUCAUGCGAGCCGUGGUUUCUAUGUGAGUGAUGUUGAUGCGGCUCUCCAAGGCAUUCCGAAGAGAGUUGGCGAGGUCGAGAAGAUGAUCAUUCCAGGCCUUCCAGAAGGACCCGAAAGCUCUCUCAUUAGUACUGGUCUCUGGGAGUGGAAGCCAAAGCUGACUGUCUAUUACGAAAAAUCCGGCACAGGGAAUAGCAAGGCACCGUCUGUGCUCUUUCUUCCAGGCUUUGGAGUGGGGACGUUCCAUUUUGAGAAGCAGCUGAAGGAUCUUGGCCGCGAUUACAAGGUAUGGACAAUGGACUUCCUAGGGCAGGGCAUGUCGUUGCCGUGCGAAGAUCCCGCUCCUAAGAACACGGUAGGAGAGUUCGGUGAGGAGGCAUUUUGGGGUUUUGGACAAGAAUUACAACCAUGGGCAGAGGAGUUGGUGUAUUCCAUAGAUCUGUGGCGUGACCAAGUUCAGCAUUUUGUCGAAGAGGUUAUUGGUGAACCGGUAUAUAUUGUGGGGAAUUCUCUUGGAGGUUUUGUUGCUCUAUAUCUUGCUGCAUCCUGUCCACACCUUGUAAAGGGUGUCACAUUGCUUAAUGCAACCCCAUUUUGGGGUUUCCUUCCGAACCCUGCCAGAUCUCCUCGUUUGUCAAAGAUUUUUCCAUGGGCCGGGACAUUUCCUCUUCCAUCAUUUGUGAGGAAACUUACUGAGACAGUGUGGCAGAAAAUAAGUGAUCCGAGAAGUAUACAGGGCAUACUCAAGCAAGUAUAUGCUGACCACUCAACGAAUGUGGAUAAGGUGUUCUCUCGUAUUGUAGAGACAACGCAACACCCAGCAGCUGCAGCAUCAUUUGCCUCCAUUAUGUGUGCUCCAAAGGGUCAGAUAUCCUUUGAAGAGGCGCUGUCUAGGUGCCAAAGGCAAGGCACUCCCAUAUCUCUUAUGUAUGGGAGAGAAGAUCCUUGGGUUAGACCUAUUUGGGGUAUUAAAGUGAAACAGCAGGUGCCAGAAUCACCGUAUUAUGAAAUCAGCCCCGCUGGUCACUGCCCUCAUGAUGAGGUUCCUGAGGUCAUAAACUACUUACUCAGAGGGUGGCUAAAGAAUGUCGAAUCCGAGGGGUCAAUUGAGAUUCCAUUUCUUGAAGAACCCAGCUAUGCCGAAGACGGUGUAUCAAGGGAGCUGGAAUUUGUCAGGGGAGGAUCGAAGAAAUCUGUUCGUGUGCGGCUCUUUGGUUCCAAGAUUUCCUUGUGGACCCAACUUAGCUCGUUCCUGAAAUCUGGUGUCACAAACACACGGGUAGUAUCUAGAUAGGCUGUUCAUACAAGUUUGAUGUUUAGGAGCUUGAAUCAAAUAUUGUAUUCAUUAUUCUUUACUCUUAGUCAGAUCCAUGUAUAGAUAUGUACACACAGUAGACAGGAUUAUAAUCACUUCUCUAGUGGAUGUAACAUAGCAAGCUUAAGGAUUCCUGUUCCAGAACAAAUGGACUGGCCUAAUUAAGCUUAGUCCUUGUAUUUGUAUGUAUAGCCUAUUGGUCUUUAUUUAGUUUAUUUCUGAUUUCCGUGUUUGCAGGAGAAAUGGUAUCUUAUGCCUUUGUUGUAAGGGUCACAGUCCUAGACAUUUCUCCCCCUUUUUUUUCUUAAGCUAGAAUGGACCAUGUGGAAUUGUAGUUUAU